CAGAAUUAGCUGGGAUCAAUUCGAUAAUUUUAUCAGGCACCCUACGAAAGAAGAAGAUAAAUCAAAUUAAACGAGUUUUUAAUUGCCAAAAUAAUUAUUAAAGUUAAUGCAUGAGUUGGUAUCAACGAUCUGUUUUAUCAAGUCAGUCUAUAUUUUUCCAGGGAGCAAUAAUUAAACAAAACCUCAAGAUGCAUCUGCUGCCACAACCACGAGAGAGACCAGUGAUCUUUGAACGCUGCUGCUGAUAAUAAAUAGUAAUUGAUUGGCUACUUUAUGUUGCUACAGUCGUGAGGAGGAUCGAAUUAAAAAAGGCAUGUAAAAAGAACUGUGUCUUCUUAACUUUUUUUUCUGUGAUAUCAAAUUGUUGCCAAAAAUAGUGUUGUGACGAUGAUUCUAUUUAUGUGUAGAAUUUUACUAACUUUUUGUGUUUUACAUACAAUGGCAGUGUUUAGUUCUGUGUUAGUGGAAAAGAAAGAAAACUGGAGGACACCUCCGGCACAUUUUAAGUACACAAUAGAUGAAUUGUUGAGCAAGGUAUUUCCUAGGAAAACUUCAGAUGAUUACGACUGGGAUCCAUGCAAAGCAGGUCCUUUUUUAGGUGAUAUAGCAAUAGGAGAAGAAAGGGUAGUACCCGUAAGGCGGAGAAGAAACGUUAACAGCAAUAAAUAUUUAACAGAAUCUCCAGUUCACGAGUUUGAACCAAAUUUUGAUUUAAAAAGAAAAAACACUGCCAGCUAUGAAAAACGUCAUUACAGAAUCAUCAGAGCAGCAACUGCACGAAAAGAAAGAAUAUGGGAUUAUGGGGUAAUACCCUAUGAAAUUGAUGGAAAUUUCAGUGGGCUUCAUAAAGCUCUAUUUAAACAAGCAAUGAGGCACUGGGAAAAUUUCACUUGUGUCAAAUUUGUCGAGAGAAAUAGAGAUGAACACCAAAACUAUAUUAUAUUUACAGAAAAGCCGUGUGGAUGCUGUUCUUUUGUAGGCAAAAGAGGCAAUGGAGGUCAGGCGAUUAGUAUAGGCAAAAACUGUGAUAAAUUUGGAAUUAUAGUACAUGAACUUGGCCACGUUGUAGGUUUUUGGCACGAACACACGAGGCCAGAUAGAGAUAAGCAUGUUAACAUAAUUAGAGAGAACAUCAUGAGUGGUCAAGAGUAUAAUUUCAAUAAACUAAGUGAGGACGAAGUGAAUUCAUUGGGGGUACCUUACGAUUAUGAUUCCAUAAUGCAUUACGCUAGAAAUACGUUCUCAAAGGGAACCUACUUAGACACGAUUCAACCCAUCGAUGUGCCCGGACGAAAAAGGCCAGAAAUCGGACAGAGAGUUCGAUUGAGUGAAGGAGAUAUUGCUCAAACUAAUCUUCUAUAUAAAUGCCCAAAAUGUGGGAGGACAUAUCAAACCAAUUCUGCUACAUUUUCACCGCCAGUUUACAUGGAAAGUGCCCCUAAAGAUGAAGUACGUUGCGAAUGGAGAAUUACUGGAACACAUGGAGAAAAAAUUGUACUCAAUAUAACCAAUCUCGACAUAGCAAAAUCUAAUGAAUGUAAAACCGAUUACAUAGAAAUACGAGAUGGAUAUUGGCAUAAAUCACCCAUCUUAGGUUUGUUUUGUGGAACGGGACAGUUUCCACUCAUUAAAUCAUCUGGAAGCCGUAUGUUAAUCACUUAUGUUUCAAAAAAUCCCAAAGGACACAAAGGUUUUACUGCAAGUUAUGAAGCUAUAUGUGGUGGAAAUCUUGUCAUUGAGACUGAAGGUCAUUUAGAAUCUCCCAACUAUCCAGAAGAUUACCAGCCAAACAAAGAAUGCAUUUGGAAAAUCACGGUUCCUAAAAAUCAUCAAGUUGCUUUGAGAUUCCAAUCCUUUGAUGUAGAAAACCACGACAGCUGUGUUUACGACUACGUAGAAAUCAGAGAUGGUUUAACUCCCGAUAGUCCGAUCCUAAAGGUUCAUUGUGGACCCAAAGUACCUCCAGAUGUCAUUGCAACAUCCAAUCAAAUGUUUGUUAAAUUUGUAUCGGAUGGAUCUGUUCAAAAAACUGGAUUUUCUGCCAUUAUUAUGAAAGAGUACGAUGAAUGUUCCAGGAUAGACCACGGGUGUGCACAACAAUGCGUCAAUACGUUAGGAAGCUAUAUAUGUACGUGCAAGAUUGGAUAUGAGCUACAUUCAGAUGGAAAAAAUUGUGAAGAUGCUUGUGGAGGCAUAUUUGACGUCCCCAAUGGUACUAUAACAUCGCCUUCGUUUCCGGAUUUGUAUCCGCUUAACAAAAAUUGUGUUUGGGAAAUAGUUGCACAACCUCAAUAUAGAAUUACCAUAAAUUUUACCCAUUUUGAACUAGAAGGUAACUUUAAUCUUCAGCAACAACAAUGUGAAUAUGAUAAAGUUGAAAUUUAUAGUAAAUUGAAAGAAGAUAAACUAAAGAAACAUGGUUCCUUUUGCGGACCAAAAGCACCUCCUCUUAUAACGUCGGAAGGAAACGUUAUGAGAAUUGUAUUUUCGUCGGAUACAAGUGUACAAAAAACUGGGUUUGCCGCAGUAUUUUUCACAGAUAUGGAUGAAUGUUCAAUAAAUCAUGGCGGCUGUGAACAUGAAUGCGUUAACACCCUUGGUGCCUACAUAUGUACCUGUCACAAUGGAUACACUUUAGCCGAAAAUGGCAGAGACUGUAAAGAGGGUGGAUGUAAAUAUGAGAUCUCAACUCCAUACGGUACUUUAGGAAGUCCAAACUAUCCUGAUUACUAUCCACCAAGAAAAGACUGCGUGUGGCACUUUACAACAACUCCAGGACACAGAAUAAGAAUAGCAUUCCAGUUAUUUGUACUAGAACCACAUCAAGAAUGUUCGUAUGAUCACGUAGAUUUUUACGAUGGAGCAUCUCCUGAAUCUCCUUCCUUAGGAAGAUUUUGUGGAUCUAAACUCCCUCAUUUGAUAGUAGCUUCUGGAAACCAGAUGUAUAUGACUUUUAGGUCUGAUGCUUCCGUACAAAGGAAUGGUUUCUGGGCAACACAUUCAACUGUUUGUGGUGGUAUGCUGGAAGCUACAUUCGAUAAGCAGCACAUUUAUUCCCAUGCUAAAUUUGGAAGUGCGAGUUAUGAAAAUAGAGCUGACUGUGAUUGGACUAUAGAAGCACGAGGAGGAUAUAACGUAAAGCUUUCGUUUUUGACAUUUGACAUUGAAGACGAAAAAGAUUGUGGAUACGAUUUUGUAGAAAUAUUUAGUGGAAUGGAUUCAAGUGGACCCUCCUAUGGAAAAUAUUGUGGAUCAAGGAAACCAUUUGACAUCAUAUCUACGCACGAAGCCUUGUUAGUUAGGUUCAAAACUGACGACACACUCGUGAGUAAAGGGUUUAGUCUCGUAUAUGAAGCUGUUGAAACAUCUACCAGUGAAGAAGAAAUAUAAACAAUAUUUAUAGAACUAAUAUUGUACGAGGUGGAAGCUUUCAGAAGAGAGACAUAUAUUUGGUGCAGAAUCUCAUGAAAUGUGAAACUAUUAGAACAAUAAUUGGUAUUUCAGCUUUUCGUCAAAUCCUUAACAAUAUCAGUUUCAUGAGAUUAUGCACUCCCAAAAUUUGUAUGUGAAACCUUGUAUAUUUUUAUAGACUUAUUUAAAAAAUUUAAACACACUCUAUCUAAAUUUAUGUAUUUGACUAAAUCUGAAACGAAUUACUUGAUUGACCAUCUCCACUGGAAUUCCUGAUUCGACCUCUAUUUGAGCAGACGCCAGAAUGGUGUAUUUUUUCCUAGCUCUCCGUCUACACGUUCUAAUUGUUCCGCCGUGUUCAAUAUCAUUUUAAACCAACGAUACCAUACGUUUAGUUUUCGAUUAGAGAUAGGCGACUGAAGGAAGCGUUAAAAUCGGCAACAUUGCUUAUGAGAUUGAGUUGCAUUGCCACUGUAGAAUCGAUGAAUGACUGAAUAAAUCGACACGACUCACGUGUGGAAAGCGGGGAAGCAGUGUUGCCAUGUAUUAGGUGUACUCCUACAUCUAAUUUAAAAGUAAACGCACGGUAUAGUUAUUGCAUUUACUGCAGCAAAGACAAAAAAUGUAGCAAUAUCUUAUAAUGUUUUGUUAGAUGUGUAUUUGAGAUGUUUGUUAGUAUUUACCGUAUGAUGUGAACGUAAAGAUAAAAAAAUUAUAUUUUGCUCAAAAUAAGUGUUCCAAAUCAUUAAGAUAGUUUGCUAAAUAGUAAGUAGCAAUUACAGACGUGUUGAUCAUGUUGAGUUUUGUCAAUAUAUAAUCUUAGACACUAAUAUGGUUACUAAAAUACAUACAAAUGCUACACAGAUAUAUUUUAUAAUUACCUUUUCAUUAUUUAUCUAAAAAGUAGUAGGUAUAUAAUUUAAGAAAUUUCAAAAAUUUCAAAUUUGUUAUUGGAUCUGGCCUUUAACUUCCAUGCUUAAAUUCCGUACAAGAGAACAGGCUAAAUGUGACACUUUAGCACCUUGUACCUCAGAUUGAAAUCCAACUUAGGUUUCAAGCAGCAUUUUUUGGCUUGUUCUACUCUGAUCUUUAUUUUAGCCUCAGGGUCCCAACUAUCGUUUAGGAGACAACCAAAGUACCUUAACUGUAUUAAUUGUCCGAUAUUUUCUCUUUUCCAGCUACAUAUAUAUUUGAGUAUGGGUAAUUAUCUCUAUCUAAAAUCAUUGUUUUUGUUUCCUUGAUAUCUAUUUUCAAACCCAAAGCUUCACUUGCAAAAGUUAGAUCAUUUAAAAGACGUUGAACCUCUUAGAUGUUAUCUGCCACUACCGUUGUGUCAUCAGCAUACCUAAUGUUGUUAAUAAACUUGUCGUUUACUUUCACACGCUUAGCAGUCUUCCACUGCUUCUGCGAAUGCUUUUUCUACUUAUAUACAUAUAUGUUGUAAGUUACCUAACGUUGGACAGAGUAUGCAACCUUGCUUUACUCCCUUCUUUAUUGAAAAAUCUUCCAUUUCGUUGAAAUUUUGAAGACGUACUGUCACCGGCGCCCAUAUAAAAAUUUUCAGGGGGGGGGCAGACGUAAAAGUGUUGCACAUUAUAUUUUGUAUACUUUGGAUAACCAUAUAUAGUUUAAAACACCCGAAAAGCUAGGGGAGGCACGCCCUCCCCUAACCAUGGGUAUGUGCGCCCAUGCGUACUGUUGCUGUGUGGUUUCAAUUGAGACUGGCGAUAAAUCUUAUAUCCUUGGUAUCCAAAUCCCAACUCUUGUAGAUAUUUUAUCGUUAGUUCGUGUUUUACGUUAUCGAAUGCUUUCUCAUAAUCUAUAAAACAGAGAAAAAUAUCCUUUCUUUGAUCUAAACAAUUCUGUAUUAAUGUUUGCAUAUUAAAGAUUGUCUGUCUCGUGUCUCGUGCCAAGUCUAUUUUGAAAUCAAAUUGAAUCCAGCCACUGACCUCUUCACAUUUAUUAAAUAAUGUAACUAAUAUUCGCAAGAAAAGUUUUAAAAUACGCUCAUUAUGCUUAUUAGCCGGUGUUUUUUAAAGAAUUAUGCACGUGGUGUUUUGGGCAGGCUGAUAGAAGUAGAGCUAAACCAAUAUUUUGGAAUCUGGCACGUGUCGUAGAUACCGUUAAAGAACUUCACAAUAAUGUCUAGAUUUUCUUUAUCAAGUAACUUGACUAUUUCUGGGGCUUUGCUACGUUUUAAUAGUUUGAUAACAUGUACGUCCUCAACUUUCAAAAUAUUUUGGCCAUUCAAAUAGUUUCUCAAUUGUGGUUGUUCUGUGAACGUUGACCAAAUUAGCUGUGUACAUUUUCAUCAUUAUCAAUGGUGCUACAGCCCUAUGAAAGAGCCGCGACCUUCCCAAGUCUAUUACACCAGUCAGUUCUAUCCAUUGCCCACUGUUGCCAGUUUGCUGCGUCUAUUUUUCUACCAUCCUCAUCUACACCAUCCUUCCAUCUGAGUUUUGGCCUACCCCUAUUUUUACUUUCCACAGGUUGUGACAUAAGGAUUCUUCUAGGAGGAUUGUUGUGCUGUGAUCGUGCUAGAUGUCCUGCACAUCUUAGUCUUCCUAUUUUUAUAAGAGAUACUACAUCUCUACUACUAAAUAUAUGUUUAUACACACACCCAAACUUAUAUGGAAUCAUCUGAUAAUUCUUACUAUUUCGUGCGAAUUCAAAAAAACAAACACAAAAAGUCAAACAAUAUUUAUUUUAAAGCAAUUUAAUAACAAAUACAUUACAAUUAAAUAAAACAAUAAAGUAUUUAACAAACAAAUUGAAAGUAGUUGUUUUAAAGUCAAUAGCAUACAAAAUUUCAAUGUAAAACGAAUAAUGUUUAAAUUGUAUUUAUUUUUUUUUGUAUUUUGUGGUAGUCAGUGUUAUCACAUCUAGUCCUUAUGCAAGCUUUAGUUUGCGUGGGCACGCUCCUAAUCAAAUUAUCAACAUUUUGUUGUGGUAGGUUGCUCCAUCCUUUAAGAGCAGCUUGUACUAGCCGUGCGGUGUUUUGUGGAUUAUCCCGGCGAGCUCUAAUUUUUGUUUUAAUCAUACCCCACAAAUACUCUAUAGGAUUAAGCUCGGGUGAGCAAGCAGGCCACUCCAAACAAGGGAUAUCUUCUGCUUCAAUGAGGCCUGUAGUCACUCUAAUGGUAUGUAGAGGUCCAUUAUCAUGAAAUUAAAUUAAAUUUUCUCCUGUUGCACCUCUCCAGAGCCUGACUACAGGUUAUCAACAUACCUGUGAGCAGUUAAAGUUGAUUGGAUGAAAAUUAAAGGUCCACGAGGAAAAAUUUCCUGUAGUUGGCUGUAUACCAUUACAAAAACAUAAAAUCCUUUAUAAAAGGUAUAUUUGUUAAAAUCCCUAUACAGGGCUACAUCAAAGACAUAACUAGUUUUCAAUCGGUUGACCGAUUGAAACCGAUCGGUCAACCGAUUGAAAACUAGUUCUGUCUUUGAUGUAGCCCUGUAUAGGGAUUUUAACAAAUAUACCUUUUAUAAAAAAUUAAAGGAGUUUUUUUACGGAUCACAAUUCCUCUCCAGAACAUUACACUUCUCCUUGUAUAUUUGUAAACAGAUCUGACAGUUUUCGUUCUUACUUGUCUUCCUCGACCUCUAAGUACACGAUUUCAUGGGUCAUCUGAUUUUACACAAAUCCUGACUUGUUCCAGUUUUGGUGGUGAAGACACCAAUUUAGGUGAUCAAUCUUCUGUUGCCUGGAUAAUUCCAGAACCCAUAACUGUCUUCUGCUGUAUACUUCUUGAUACGAACUCUUCUUCUUAUCGUUUUAACUGAAACAGUUACACCUGUAGCUUCCAAAAGCUGCCUUUGGAGCUGCAGGUGAGAAAUGGUUGGGUGUCUUCCAGCUGAUUGGACAAUUAAACUAUCUUGCAGAGCCGUUAUUACUUUUGGAGACUUUCCCUUACUUUAUUUUUGAGUUUUCCUAGUUCCUGUUACCUUGCAUAGGUUUUGGACAGAACGCCCUGUAUUACGCCUCGCUCUACAAUUUAUGUCCCUCUGAGAACAUUACUAUCUCCACAAGACCAAUAAUCUUUCCUCGUUGUAAGUUCUAUAACCCCAUAUCAGGCAUCUUUUCGUUUUUGGGCGCAAAAGUUAGUUUAUUUAUUUUCGUUCAAUUUGAAACUCAAGCAAAUAAUACCGUACCGAGCUGUACUAUCUGAUUGUCUUAUAUAUUUGUUUAUUUUCAAUUAAAACCUUUAUUCUUCGCAACAAUAAGUUUUUUCAAAAUAAAUAAAUAUUAUUUUGAAAUACAUGGUGAUUCCAUAUAAGUUUGGGUGUGUGUAUCUGUGGUAUAUCUUGUAGUUGUACCUUCUCCUCCAAACACCAUUUGCACAGAUACCACCGAAUAUUCCUCAUAUUCCUCUCAGAAUCCUUCUUUAAAAUAUAAGCAGAUUUUUUCUCCAAUCCAUAUGUUAACACUGGUUAUUUAAGGGUUUUGUAUAUAUGGUUAUUUUUGUUUUUUGGCUUAAGUUUCUUCUCAUAUGUCUACUCAGUCCAAAAUAGAAUUUGUUUGCUAGGAUUAUCCUUCGCUUGAUUUCUUCCGUCAUAACGUUCUCCUUGGUGAUCAGGGAGCCUAAGUAUGUGAAUUUGUCCACCAAUUCAAAGGUAAAGCUAUCAACCGUUAAUUGGUGACCGAUGUUUCUGGCUCUAUUUACUUUCAGACCCAUAUUUUUUCAGGCAUUUGAGAAGAUGCCCAUUGUGCGGACAACUAGGUCCACAUCAUCUGCAUAUACCAAAACUUAGGAUGAUUUAUUAAAAAUAUUUCCUCUGUUGUCUAUUUGGGCAUCUUUGACCGCCUUUUCCAGAGCUAUGUUGAAAAAGAGACACGCCAGCGCAUCUCCCUGUCGCAGCCCAACUAAACAUGCUUUUCAAACGCCUGUGAUUGUUCGCCCCGUAUUUCGACUUUGCAAACAACUUUACGCAUUAUAGCCGUAACCAAUCUUAUUAGUUUAUCGGGGAUGUGGAAUUCAUCCAUGGCUUCAUACUUUCAAUUUAUUUCUUAGGACACUAUCAUAGGCCGAUUUAAAAUCUACGACAAGAUUGUAUGUGUCGAUAUUGAAUUCAUUGGUUUUUUCCAGUAUUUGCCUUACCACAAAGAUCUGGUCUGUUGUUGAUCGACAGGCCUAAAACCACUUUGGUAUUCGCCAAGAAUCUCCUCUGAAUAUGCACUUGAGCGAUCAUAUAAGAUACUCGAAAAUAUUUUGUUAGCUGUAUUAAGGAGGGUUAUUCCCCUAUAGUUUCUACAUUCCAAUUGAUAACCCUUUUUGUGUAGCAGGCAAUACACCACUCUGCCGGGAUUUGCUCCUCAGUCCAGGCUCUCAAGUAUUAUUUUAUAUAUUUGAUCAGCCAGAGUAGCACCUCCAUAUUUAAUAAUAAGUUCCUCGGGUAUACCGUCACUUCCUGGAGAUUUAUUAUUUUUUAGGUGUUUUAUUGCAUCCCGUAUAAGGUUGUAUCAACCUUUGAACAUGGGUCUAUUACGAGUAUUUUGAUAUCCAAUUGCGCAAUUUAGAGAAAUGUACCUACUUACUACUUUUUAGGAUAUAAAUGAAACUUCUCAUCUCUACUUAUGUGAAUUUGAAACUAUUUCCUUUCUAGUUAUUCCUUGUAUAGAAAGUUUAAGUAUUACUUAAAUUUCAAAUAUUUGACCUUUAUUUAUGUAUGUAUAUUCGUACAAUUAUUGGAAUUAAGGCAUUUCUUUUAUAAAAGAAUCAAAAUUUAGAUCUUACUAAAAUAAAGAUUAGUUUGAUGCAGUUAUCAAAAUGUGUCGAUAUUCAACCGGAAUAUUAUUCUUGCUUAUUUAUAUUAAGUGCGUUCGCAGAGCCCUGGCAACUUAGCCAUGACAACUCCUAACCUCACCUAAUAUAAAUAAUACCGUUAAUAGAUUUACAAGGUAUAUUUAUCUAUUAACGGUAUUAUUUAUAUUAUUUUAAGUGCGCAUAUUAGUAUUCUAAGUGCGCAUUCGAUUUUCUGACAAUUUAUCACUGACUAGUUGCCGACAGUCUCUGCGAACUCAAAUAAUAUUAUAUAUCUAUUCAACUUGAAGAAAACACGAAAAAUAUUGAAACAACAGUUGUUAUAAGACUGGGUGCAAAUUGAAACCUAACUUAAUGAAGUAAUGAGCUCACAAUGUUGUAUUAAAAGACAAAAAUUAAUAUAUCAGUGAAUGUACGUAGUAUAAAGGGUCCCCGCAUACUGCAGACUUUUUAUCGGCCGAUAGUUUAGUCGGGUUGAGCUGUUAAGCAGGCCGCGCACCGAAUCGGCAUAAAGCGAUCGGCUCGGCUAAGAGCAAUCGGCAGAUUUUGCUAUACAUGGAAAUAAAUGAGCCGCCGCGCACCGCUUACGAACGUUCGACUCGGAACGGUCAGAUCGCUUCGGCUUCGGCGGAAAAUGAUAGCAGAGGCAAAACCCGCCGAAUGAUCCGAUGCUGUUGGCGCCGUUGUGUAUGUUUUUAGUAGUAUUUUAUGCAUUGCAAGGAACACGUGUAUAAUUUUUAAGAAACGCACUAUGGCUGACGAACUUCUGAUAGAAAGUGUGCGGGAAUAUGUAAUAUUAUAUGAUCCCCAAAAUAGAUAUUAUCAUGACACCAAUAGAAGAAAACGCUUGGGGUGAGAUAGCGAAAAAAACAGGACUCUCCGGUAAAUAAUAAAUAUUUAUUUCAGCACAUAUUUAUCCUAAUAUUAUUUUAAAUUUAAAAUAUAUUUCCUUAAUUUUAAUAUUAUGCUUAGGGAAAAUCCAUAAACUGCGUCGGUGUCGUAAAAAUUUUGUAGUUUUUUAUAAACUCCCUCCCUUCCGUCCUAAGUGUUUUUUUUUAAUUUCAUGUUAUUUCUGGAUUUUUUAAUUUUAAAGUUAGCUCUCAAACUUUAAUUACGAAGGUAUUCAAAUCAGUAUUAUUAUGUAACUCAUUAAUAUCCGCGUCAUUUCUUUCUUAAUUCACUGCACAACUAUUUAACUCUAUUUGGACAAAAGACAACACUUUUAUUAUCGGAAUUCCUAUGCUUUAUUAACUACAUCAUAUAAAUUUUGAUACUUAUGUUGUUUUGAUUUCAACGCCAUUUCUUUCAUAAGAAUAAAUACAAUGUACUAACUAAAUACAAUAUUUUAUUUCUAUUCAUUCUUUUAACAAUUUGUUUCACACAGAAUAUUCAGUAAAUAAAUGGACAGCAGUUUAAUAUUUAUUGAUGCCAGCCGUUUUUCUUUAUGUAGAACCGUUUGUUUAAACUCAGGAACAAUGUUUUAUUGUUUGGUAUUCGGUACAAAAGUGCUAUAUGGUAACAUUAUGACUGUGACUGAUAAAAAGGAAAUGUGAAACGCAAUGAAAAGUAUGCGAUAAAAGUAAUAGAAAUUCUUUUUUAUUCUAAAAUAGGGUAUAAUUAUAUUCGUGAACCUUUUUAAAUUAAAUUAAAUUUAAAUAUACCAAACAAUACCACAAAUAAUAAAAAUAUACGACGUACACCGUCGUAAUAGUCCCCUCCCCCUUUUUCCAGUUUAUGGAUGUUCCCUUAGUACUAGAUACAUAAUAUAUUUAUCUAUUAAUACUUCCAAAUUGAAUAAUUGAAAAUGCGCCAAUAUUAUUGUACUUAUACAGUGCGCUGGAAUAAGUGUUAUUUAUUUAUAAUAUGAACAUUUAGCACAUAAGCAAAACGCUCGGACAGGUCGAUUUUUAAAAUGAUCAUAGUAUAUUAUAGCAUCAAUGUUUUGAACUUUACUCUAUUCUUCUUCAGAUGACAGUCAUAGUCAUAACUUUGAUUUUUUUAAAUAGGAAAGUACAUCAUGUGACACCUCAUUUAAUAGCUUUUGAAAUACUGAUUACAAAAAUGUAUAAUUAUAUAUUUGAAAUUAAAAAUCAUACUAAAUUUUCUCUUCGUUCUCAUCUCUGUAACUUAUUAAAAUAAAUGCGAAACUGCCGAUGCCGAGGUGACCGAGUCAGUGCGCGGGUACAGUCCGCCGAUCGUAGCGUUCCGAGCCGAUCGCUCUAUGCCGAUUCGAUGCGUGUGAACCUUUAGUGUGCAUACCGAGCAAACUAAACAGUCUGGUUGGUGAAGAGAGCGCACACUAGCAACAGCCGACCGACUAUUCUCGGACGAUUUAGUACUAACGUUGUUCUUAUUUGACUAUUGAAGUGCAGUAUGCAGUAUCGCACAUUGCAAAAAUUAUUCAGAAAUGUUAUUAUCGGUCUCAUAAAAUGGAAGAGGAAAACCAAGAAGAGAUUCCGAGAGUAUUGAGUGCAUCCAAUUCACAGUGGAAGAAAUAAAAACGACGGUCAAAAGUAACAGAUGUGAUCCAGAAGAUUGCCAUGUUAAAAUGGAACUGGCAGGACAAAUAAGAAGGACAAGCAAACUAAGUAGAGACAGACCUCAAACAAGAUGGACUGAUGACAUCAAGUGAAUGGCUUGUCACGAAUGGAUGCAAAAAACAACAAACAGAAAUGUAUUAAUAUGUGAAUGUAUCACAUUCGCCUUGCUCUUCCUGUUUUAUUGAUUGUGGUAAAGAGGCUAGCCUGUGAGUUUCGUAAGAUCUGUACUGGUUGGCGAUCCUCGAAUUCUUUUCCAUGGACCAUACCUUUGAAUCAGACUUGUGCUCCGAAAAGUGCCUCUCUGAUACCCACUGCAUUAAUGAAUCCGAACUGUUGUCCGAUAUUUGUUCCUUGCACUUCUUAUAAAUUCUUCCAUGGAUGACUCUAAGAAACAGUUUCAACAUAUGCCUCAUUAGGCUGAUCAAUCCCAUAUAAAUACAAUAUUUACUUCAACAUAAAACAAGAAAAAGUUUUCAGAACCUCUUUAAAAUUUCCAUGAUUUAUCAAACAUCGAAAGGCGAAGUAGAGUUCAACAAAAAUCUCUAAAAUAAAAAAUGGUGGCUAAAACCGUCCGGAAUCAUCUGCAAAUUUUCAUCUUUCCAACAUUUCUGACGACGGAACAUAAGCAUACUAAAAUAUUCAGAUAUACUAAUACCAGAUAUCUAAGAGACUCAUUAAUAUUCAGCUCACCGGAAUGCUAUUCUUCGAGGAGUGAAAUUUCAUAAACAAGGGAUCAUUUCAUAAAACAGAUUAUUUCAAAAUCCCUUGCUUAUGGAAUUCCACACCUCGAAAAAUAUCACCCCGUUGAUCUGAUUAUUAAUCAGUAUCUUAGAUAGCUGGUACUACUAUACAUCCAAUGCAGUUUUGGAAUGCAUGCCACAUAUGGAACGUUUAAGUCUGAUGCAUUACAGAACCGAUAUCUGACUAAUGAACUGAUAUGUUGGAAAUACUAUCUUUUAUUUAAAAAUGCUUUAUUUCUAAACUCGACCUAACAAUAAGAAUAUUAAAAUGCAAUAAAUUAGUGAGUAAUAAUUAAAUUAAGUAUUUAUAAAAAGCGUACUUAGAGCGAACAAUUAAAUAUGUCAAGUUGAUUUAUAAAUAAAAAUUCUCUAAUAAGUGGGUACAUCAAAUUUA